AAAUUAUGUUUCUCGGUAACAGUGAAUAAUUGUAUAACGGGUAAAUAAACCAUGGCCCGCAAAGGACAGGUUGCUAUCCAGGACUCCGUUGAAACGGACGAGGAGUUUGAGAAUUAUCUUAAUGCAAAUUUUCAAAGGUUGAUUUGUAUGGAAGUGUACUCAGAUUUCUGCGGUCCCUGUCUCGCCACCGCAUUCGCCGUACGUAAGGGCAAGAUGGAGAUAGGACAAGACCGGAUCGCUAUGGUCAAGGCCAUGUCGGACAAUAUUGACGCACUUUCCCGAUUCAAAUACAAAAGUGAACCAGUAUUUCUCUUCAUAUCGAAAGGCAAGCUGACCCGCGCGCUGUUCGGCGCGAACGGGAUUGAGCUGUGUCGCAUCAUCGAGGAGGAGUUGGCAUUAACACAGAAGGAGAUUGACACGGGCGCCGAGCGGCACAAGCAGGAUAUAUCUGAGCAGCUGCCAGAAGAGACAGCGCGCUUCGAAGACGAAUUAAAGCUAGAAUCUCAGAUAAAAGCGGAGGAAGAGCACAUACGAGUCGCCACUCUAGCGGCUCGCAAGAAACGAGUCUCCGAACGGCUGUCACACGCCGUGGCCAGCCUGAACUUCAUACUGUUCUUCCCGCACUGCCACCAGGCUUACUAUGACCUAUACGAGAACUGGGACGUACUCGGCAUACAAGUAGGAGCCAAGGAGGAGAUUCAGAUAACAGAGGACAUGAUACCCGAGGUGCUAUACAUGAGCGACGUUGAGCCCAACGAGGCCUGCGUCCAUGCGCUCUGCCACGGGCCGGCGCUCGUCGUGCUCUUUAAGUUUUUCGAUAACGACUUUAGGAACUUUGUUCAGGUGCUUCGCCACUUUCUGUACGAGAUGAUCCCAGUGCCCAAAGAAGACGUACCCCCGGAGAAGCAAAUCCCGCCUAUCCCGGCGUACGAGCGCUACGCCACCAUCAGCAAGACGCCGAGGGAAGUGCGGCGCGACCGCUACAACGCCAUGUUGCAGAAACUGAGAGAAGAGGAGGAGGAGCGACUGCGUCUGGAGGCGGAGCAGGCGCGACUGGCGCGCGAGGCCGAAGAGGAGCGCCUGGCGCAGGAGAAACAGCGCCUAGAGGAGGAGAAGAUGGCGCGCAUCGCGGCUGGGUUGCCCGCGUCGCCGGAGCCCGAACCAGCGACGGAAGAGGAACAACUGCCAGAGGGGGAAGAGGGGGAGCUACCUGAAGGGGAGAAGGCAGAGCAGACGGAGGACGCUGAGGCUGUAAGUAACACUCCAGCUGCCCGCAUCGCCGGAGCCACCAAUAGCUUCUGGGUUCCUCGUAUUGAUUUAUUAAUAUAUCGGUGUAUUUUCCAGCCGACUGAAGAAGCCCCUCCCGAGGAGGUAGUGGAGGAGUUUCACUCGGACGUGGAGGUUGAGGGCGAGGAGUACAUCCCCCCGGGCGGGCUGUUCGUGCCCGGCCUGUACUCGCCGCCCAAUAACCUCGCCAAAGCCAACGGACUGAAGCUGUUCUUCCCUAAGAUCAUCGCAUCAAUGACGAAGAUAGAGUCGGAGCACCUGCCGCCGCACACGCUGGUGACGUUCCCGGUGGACAAGCGCGAGGGCGUCAAGGAGGUCGUCGACCAAUAUCCUGACGAGAUACUCAAUUUAGGGAUCUUCCACGGCGACGAGUUGUACUCGCUGGAGCACGUAGCUUACACUAUUAAGCAGUACGACAAAAUGGAGCGGGGCUAUCCAUACAAAUCAAAAGACCGCGUGGCGGUGAUGGUGUCCCGCAAGAGAAGUCUGCCGCUGCUGCAGCUGGCCGGGCUCAACCCGACAUACAUCAGCAUCGACCCUCCUACGGCCGUGCGUGACUGUCUCACUCUCUUCCCUGUGGGCUACGGAGACGAAUAUGAGGAGGAGGAGAGCAUAGUUGAAGAGGAGAUUGUGGAAGAGCUACCAGAGCCGGAACCAGUUGUUGAGGCUGAACCAGUUGAGAAGAAAGAAGGCGACGAGGAUGAAGACGAAGAAGAAGACUGAAAUGUAUUCAGUC